CGUUUGCGUAGCAUCUGUAGAACGUGUUGCUGUUAAUGUAUCCUUCAGUAAAAAUUGUUCAUUAUUUAUAAAAGUUCGUUCGAAUUAUUCGAAAGUGCUGUAUAUAUAUUUAUAUAUUUAAUUUUUUUUUUAAUUGUUUAUAAUUUUGUGUAUAAAGUAAAAUGUCAAGUUUCAAACAAACGCCGUUAACUUGUAGUGGACAUACUAGGCCCGUCGUUCACCUGGAUUUCAGCGAUAUCACCGACUGUGGAUAUUUUUUAAUAUCCGCUUGUAAAGAUGGAAAACCCAUGUUAAGACAAGGAGACACUGGUGAUUGGAUUGGUACGUUUGAAGGCCACAAAGGUGCCGUUUGGGGGGUAGCCUUGAACAAAGAAGCAACAGUAGCUGCAAGUGGUGCUGCAGAUUUCGAAGCUAAGAUCUGGGAUGCUAAAACAGGAGGUGAAGUACAAUCUUUUCAACACAAACACAUAGUAAAAAGUGUUAAUUUUUCGAGGGAUAGCAUUUAUCUUGCGACCGGCUCCAACGAAAAAUUGCUCAGAAUAUUUGAUCUCAAUAAAUCAGCUGAAGCUGUUACUACUUUUAGUGGUCAUACAUCUGGUAUAAAGCAUGUCAUGUUUUUUCAAAACGAUAGAAGAAUAAUUUCAUGCGCUGAUGAUAAGACUGUCCGAAUCUGGGACCCGUCGUCUGGACAAGAAAUACACAAAAUGGAAUUCAACGCUAUACCGACCAGUUUGGAGGUGUCCAGAGACGAAUCCAUCGUUACCAUUGCGCACGGCAGUUGUGUUAGUUUUUGGAAUGCAGAGAGUUUAACAAAGGUGAACGAAGUCACUGUGCCAACUCUGGUAAAUACAGCGUCCCUGCAUAGAGAUAAGAGCAUGUUUGUGUGUGGAGGUGAAGAUCUUAAAAUGUACAAAUUUGACUACAGCAGCGGAAAAGAAAUAGAAUCUUUCAAAGGACAUUUCGGUCCCGUGCACUGUGUCCGUUUUUCGCCUGACGGUGAACUGUAUGCGUCAGGAUCCGAAGACGGUACUCUACGCUUGUGGCAAACUACCAUAGGUAAAACAUAUGGAUUGUGGAAAUGUGUCGAUAAGGUUACCUCUCCUCAAGACAUUCACCAACAAGAGAUCACGGCUAUUUAAACAAAAGAAAAAAAAAAAAGAUGACAUUCGCAAAUUGCAAUAUUUAAAUCUGAAAAAAAUCCUAUAUGGUUAUCGUAACGUUACCAGAAAAAAAAAUAUAUAUAUAUAAACACUUUUUUUCUUUAAAAAAAAAUUGUUAAAACAUUUUUAUUGAUUGAAAUAAUUGGACACAAAACUUAGGUAAAACAUGAUCGAAAUGUGAUCAAUUGUGUACCUACGACUAAUUUAUUUCAACCUAGCGAACGAGUAUUGAACAUAAAUUUGUUUAAUAAUUAAGUCCACUACAUUAUUGUUUGACUAAAAUAUAAUUGGGUUUAUACAAUAUAAUAACAUCAACAAUUAUUUAUUAUACACAAAAAUAGUUUUUUGUUAAUGUCCUUUAAAUUCACAUACAAAUUCAUAAUAAAAAAAAAAAAUGUUUAAAUUAAAUUAGCUACCUGCUGAUUUCAUACAUCAUUUUACUGUGGGAUACGAAAUCUUUUUAGUUGUAUUAAUUUUUGUAAUUCCAACAAAUUAUCUUAUAUUUAUAUUUAUUUUGCACAAUGUUGUUAUUUAUUUUCUAAAGUUUGGAACAAGACUGUUUUUUUACUGUGUUCCGUCUUUAGGAAGACAUUGGCGUCUUUUGUGCGGUUAAAACGUUUAAGUUUAAUUUUUUGAGUAGUUAGUGUUUUUUUUUUUUUUUUUUACA